AUGGCCUAUGGCCAUAAUUUCGCCUCAUGUGGGGCGAAGAAAUGCAGGGUGUGCGGGUCUGAGGAACACAUUAGGCGAGGGACUGUGACGAGUCGAAGAAGUGCCACGGGUGUGGAUCGUCAGCACACCUGUGGAGGGAGUGUACGGCUCGUCACAAGUCGUAUGCAGCUUCAGCUGGUGGGGGAGCAGGGGCAGGAGCGGGGGAUGGAGGAGGAAGAGGAGGAGAAGUUCCAGACCCAAGCGCAUGGCCAGAGGCAAUACCAUCGACGACGGAGGAGGAGCCGAGAACAGCAGCGGGAGGAGAGGGGGACGGGCAGGGGACUGCCGUAGCAGUUCUGGACGGAGAGGUGGUGCCGGAAAUGGAGACGGAGGGGAGUGUGGGAGAGGAGGUGCCGGAGAAGGAGGUUGGGGAGGAGCCAGCCACAGCCCUGGGAGGAGAGGAGAAUGGGGGGGGCGGAGUGGGGGGAAAGCGAGAUGUCGAGUGCCCAGGGGGAUAA